AUGCCCAUAGAUGCGAAGGAGGUGGAAACGCGCCUGAAGGCUCUCCAGAGAGCUGUGGCAGGAGGAGAUUCAGCUGCGUCCAUCACAGAUAUCCUCAAGAGUCUAUUGAACGAUGUGGUUCCUACCGAAGAGCUACUCAGGUCCACUAAAGCCGGCAUGAUAGUAUCGAAGCAGAAGGCCAACCCGAACAAAGACAUUUCAAGACUCGCACAGGAGAUAGUCAUAAAGUGGAAAAAGAUUGUUCAAGCAGAGCAGACACAGUCCAAGAAGCACAAGAUGCCCGCAUCAUCCCCACCGAAUAACGGCAGCAUUUCAUCGCCCGCACCUGCCCACGAACCAAAGGGCUUCCAGGGCGACAAAUCUAAGCGGCGUUGGGAUACCGAGAAGGUCGAUAUUAAACGGACGGGCAUACCAUCACGGGAUAACUGCAUUGGUCUGCUGUACAAUGGUCUUGCGUUUAUGUCCACGGAGGGUGCUACAACUCUUAUCAUCAAAGCUAUGGAGGUUGAACAAGCCGCGUAUGACAAAUUUGGGGGCGACAACCAAGAAUACCGCGGGAAGCUUCGAUCACUCUUCCAGAAUCUCAAGAAUGCCACUAAUCGGGAACUGGGCCCAAGAGUUUUGUCUGGAGAGAUCUCUGCUAAGCGAUUCGUGGUCAUGAGUCAUGAUGAACUCAAGUCGGCUCAGCGCCGAGAGGAAGAUCUGAAGCUUGAGGCCGAUAAUUUGAAGAAGGCGCAAGUACCAAUGGCCGAAAAGAGUAUCAGUGAUGCUCUGAGAUGUGGAAGAUGUGGUCAAAAGAAAGUCAGCUACAGCCAGGCCCAGACGCGAAGUGCUGAUGAACCGAUGACAACCUUCUGUGAAUGCACAGUCUGUGGUAAUCGCUGGAAGUUUUCUUGA